ACGACAACAGUAUGACUAUCGACAACAGUUCGGACAUUGAGGAGAUCAAACUAGAAGAUCCCCUGGCCGAAGUUGACAGCAAAGACAAAGAAAACUCCAAGCUCAAAAGCUCGUUGUCGUCGCCAUCGUUGGCUUCGUCAUCACUGAAGAACCUUUCUUCAAACAAAAACACAAUCGUCGUAAACGAUACGAAGCGGCUAGUAGAAAUAGCAGCUGGUAGUAAAAAUAUGAAAGGUGGCAAGAAGGAGCCCACUUUGGUCAUAAUAGACACAAACUCAAUUCUGUCAGGCAAGGGCGGCGUGCCCGUCUCAAACAGUUCAAAGUCACACCAUCAUCACCACCACCACCAUCAGCACUCGAGUUCCUUCUCAAUGAUGCCGAUCGGUGUUGGCCCUCAACAAAUGUACGGCAAUACCCGAACGACCAUAAUGCCCGUGCCAAUGAAGGCGCCUCACAUCAGUAACAAAUCUACGACGAUCACACCUGUCAUGAAUCCGCUCCAUCAGCAGUCACUUCAGCAGCAUCAUCACCAUCAACAGCAACAGCAGCAACAACCUUUGCCGCAAAUAUUGCCGACUUUGACGGAUGAUAUGUUUGUUGUUGAGGCGCCGUCGUUUAUUGUACCUUAUGUAUACGAAAAGCCACCGCUUAAGCCCAUGAAGGAGUUUGUUGACAGAUUAGAUCACAGCAUUAAAGAAUUCGAAAAGGAGGAAAAGAUUCAAAAGCAGAAAGAAAAGGAAAAAAAUAAAGCUGAGGGCAAAGAUGAUGAAGACGAUAGCGACGAUGAAGAGAAGAUAGAAGAUAGAUUUGUAGAAAAAGAAAAGAGUGAGGAAGAGAAAAACAAAAGUUCUUCUUACUUUGAUUUACCCCUUGGUAAAUUUUUCAUCUCCAUUGGUGUUGGUCUCGUGCAAGAAUAUGUACAGACUGAUCUUUUGCGCACUCAGAAACGCAAACACAGCAAAGGUGGCACGACAGCCGAAACUCAAAUGGCAAUUAACUCCCUUAUAAAGAAUCUUGAAUUCAGCAAAGAAAAUAACGAGCCGUUCCGAUUCGAGCUCAAAAAGUGCGAGUUCUGCAAUUUCAAAACUGAGUCGGCAUUGGUCAUGCAGCACCAUCUUGAGACGCCUCAUAUGCGUAACUAUGUGUACAAAUGUAACUUUUGUACAGUGGAGGUUCGCAGUCCACAUGACAUUCUGUUUCACAUGGAAGCAGAACACAACACGCGGGGAAGAUUGGAGCGCAGUCCAGCUUUCCACCAAUGCCCAAACUGUCCAUUCGAGGACAAUCAGAAGGGUAAACUUACGCGGCACAUUCUUGCUUGCCAGAAAAAGUUUCGACCCGAGAGGAAUCUAGAGCCGUCGAUGGAUUGGGAACCACCUGCGAAAAUUCCCAGGCUCAAUCGACCACGGAAUAUGGGUCCUCAACCAUCUCCAAGUGCCUUGGCAAUGGCGAUGAACGUCAAAGGACAACAGUCUGUGCUGCCUAAGUUGUUGCCCGCGCCGGUCACUGGUAGAGGUAGAGGAAGGCCACCUGUGCAUCCGAGGUACCCAGACUUGAAAAAUCUCAGACCGACUGGAGUGCCACCCAAUAUGCGACAAGAUAAUAUGUCAAGCAUGAUGUAUCGGCCAACUUCGUCAGGACUAAUGGUGCCUAAUCCAAAUCAAUAUUACAGUAAUAACCAAAUAUUCCAGGUGGUGGGUGGCUCUGGGACUGUCGUUUCGGCUGUAUCAGGGUUGAGCAGCAGUAGUGGCAACAGUUCCGGACGACCCAUGCCCAUUGCCCUAUUACCCAACGUUAGUGAAUCCCAGUCUAGGUUACUCUCGGCACAGGUAAAUAAAUGUUGCCCGGGUUUAGUGGAAUUUACUUAA